GAGUCUGGGAUUAAAGGCGUGCAUCCCUACCACCUGGCCAUUUAUUUCAUGUGUGAGUGCUUUACUUGCAAGUGCCUGGUGGCCUCUAAGGCCAGAAAAAAAGCACUGGAUCCUCUGGGCCUGGAGUUAUUGAUGGUUGUGAGCUGCCAUGUGGGUGCUGGGAACAGAACCCAGGUCCUCUCUGCAAGAGCAACAAGUGCUCUAAGAGAGGACACCAAAGUUCAGUAAUCAAGAUAAAUGUCUUUUUAAGAAGUGCAUCUUUGUGUAUCCCUGGCUGUCCUGGAACUCCCAGAGGCCCUCCUGCCUCUGCCUCCUGAGCAAAGGGUCAAAAGUGUGAGCCACUACAACCUGGUUUGCUUUCAUUUUUUGAGAGUAUCUGAACCUGGAACUCCACAAUUAGGCGAGGCUACAAGGACUCUCCUGUCUUCAGCCUCCUCAGCACUGGGAUUGAGCCAGUCCUCUAAGAGUUCCCCUCUGGGUCCACUGAGGCCUUAAGGGCCCUACUGUAGACAGUGACGUCAUGCGAGUUCCGGCUUUCCUGCACGUUGCCCCGCCUUUUCCGGCUCGUGGUACAACAUGGCGCAGGGACAGCGCAAGUUCCAGGCGCGGAAACCGAAAAGCAAGGCGGCGGCUACGGAGCGGAGCCGAGGGCCGAGGAAAGGCGGUCGAGUCAUCGCUCCGAAGAAGGCGCGCGUCGUGCAGCAGCAAAAGCUGAAGAAGAGUCUGGAAGUGGGGAUCCGGAAGAAGAUUGAGCAUGACGUGGUGAUGAAGGCCAACUCCAACCUGCCUAAGAAGCUCACACUGCUGAAGGGUGCAGCAAAGAAGACAGGGGCCACCACCUCCAACAAGGCACCAUCCUGAGGACUGGGACUUUGCACGUGACUCCACAGGCUGGCCAGACUAGAAGAGGACCCUGUUCCAUUUCUGAUGGCACCUGGGACAGCAAUGGGCAGGUGAUGAUAAAGCUGGAAGCCAAAUCCUGGUGCUGAAGAGGCAUUGGAGUUCCUGUGGGUGACACGUUGUAAUGAACCUGGCUCUGUUGUCCCGCCGGCUCUCAAACACUUCAAUGGGGAGGCCAUUUGGAGGCUAGGUGAGCCUCACUGGUCUCCGCAAGAAACUUCUCCCACCCAUGCAGUGCCCUUGACAGCCACAGACCCCAAUAAAGCUGUGCUCGCA